AUGUGGUGUACGACUACACAACUGCACAGACCCAAGUCUUUUCUCUGAAGGUAAAAAACCCAUUCAAAAGAAACAGUUAAAUUGAAAUAUCUGAUUUCUUCAUGACUACAUUUUAAUGAAGCAAGCACUGACUCUACAUCCAGGUGACCAUGGCAAAUGUAUCAGCAGUGACGUCAUUCAUUUUGACGGCCUACACUGAACUGGAAGCUCACAGAUAUUUAUACUUCGCAGGUUUCCUUUUUUUGUACAUUGUGAUAUUAUUGGUCAAUUUAGUCCUUAUUGUAGUAAUAUUGUCUGAGAAAAGUCUGCAUGGACCUAUGUAUUUGUUUAUAUGUAACUUAUCAGUUAAUGGGGUGUGUGGUAGUACAUUUAUAUUACCAUCUGUGCUUAGCCAUUUGCUAUCUCAUAAUUAUGAAAUAUCUCUGUCGUUUUGUCUAUUACAGAUAUACUGCAUAUUCCUGUAUGGUAUAGUUGAAUUUACUAUUUUAGCAGUGAUGAGCUAUGACCGUUAUGUUGCUAUCUGUCACCCGUUACACUAUCACCUCCUCAUGUCCCCUAGAAAGGUUACUGCAGCCAUUGUAUUAUCCUGGGUUGUUCCCUGUGUUUACUUUGCCCUUUAUUUAAUAUUAACAACUGUCCGAUUGUCAUUCUGUGACAGGUAUAUAGAAAAAAUGUAUUGUAUGAAUUUCGAAUUAGUUAAACUGUCUUGCCGUGAGACAAGCUUCAUACGAUUUUUAGGAGCAGUAUUACUUCUUGUUUGCCCUAGUCCUCAGAUCGUCAUGAUAUUAUUUUCCUAUGCAUGUAUACUCAGAGUAUGCCUGACUGCUUCUAAGGAAUCUCAAGCCAAAGCUAUUCAAACAUGCACCCCACACUUACUGUCUGUGAUUAAUCUUUCUGUGGGAUGCUUAUAUGAGAUCGUUCAGGGUCGUUUCAACAUGAGUCAUAUACCUCUUCAAGCUCGCAUAUUCCUUUCCCUACACACGAGCAUAGUUCCCCCAUUGUUUAAUCCUCUUGUUUAUGGAAUUAGCAUUCAAGCAAUUAAAGUUCAGAUUAUCAAAUUUCUUAGUAGUAAAAAAAGUGAAACCCACUAAUGGUGAUGAUUAAAAAAAUAUAUUCUCUUUCUGUUAUUUAAAUAUAGUUAGUAAAGCUGAACCUUGUA